UUUUAAAAAAAAUUCCAAAACGAUCAAACCAACCAAGGAAUCCAAUAGCAAUGAGGGACCCCCCGAAACCCAGUCAACAAGAAAUGAUCAAAGUGGAGGCGUAAUUCAUUUAUCAGCGUUGGUUUUGCUUAUAUUUUUUAAGAAAAGCAAUAUUAAAAAGGCCAGACCUUUUGUCUUUUAUAUAUAUAUAUAUAUAUAAUAGAAGAUUACAGAGCGGAUGAUGUAUUCAUUUUCAAAUCAGCGUUCUUCUUCUCCUUACCCAUCUACUACCAUGUCCGUUUCUGGUAUUCAAGGCCAUCUUCUUGAAGUUACCGUUGUUUGUUGUAAUAAAUUGAAAGAUACAGAAUGGAUUUCUAGGCAAGAUCCUUAUGCUAUUGUUGAAUAUGGUAGUAAUAAAUCCCGCACAAGAACCUGUACAGAUGGUGGCAAAAAUCCUACAUUCCAAGAGAAGUUUGUAUUUACUUUAAUUGAAGGGCUAAGAGAGAUGAAUGUCGCGGUUUGGAACAGCAAUACCUUAACAUAUGAUGAUUUCAUUGGCAGUGGAAAGGUUCAAUUGCUGAAGGUUCUAUCAGAGGGUUAUGAUGAUAGCACUUGGCCACUUCAGACUAAAACUGGCAGAUGCGCUGGAGAAGUGAGGCUCAUAUUGCAUUAUGCAAAUGCCAAGAAGCCAGCAACAAGCUUUACUCCUUCUGCUCCACCGUAUGCAGCAACUGUACCUCAUGUCUCCAUGUACUCAGAGCCACCCCGAGCAUCUGGAGCUUCUUAUGUGCAACCAGCUACAGCAUACACAACUCCAUCUCCUUAUCCCUCAUACCCACCUAAUUCAGCAUAUCCACCAUCUGCAUACCCUCCUCCACCAACUGCAUAUGCCCCUCCACCAUACCCAUCACCUUCAACUUAUCCUCCACCUCCAUAUCCACCACCCCCACAUGCUUCACCCUAUUAUCCUCCAGGUCCUUUUCCUGGGCUCUAUCCUCCACCACCGUACUAAGAAGCAGCUCCAAGAGGUCCAAACGAGGAAGCAAGAUGUGGAAUGUACUGCCAUGUAUAGAGCAUUAGAAGUCACGGUAGUUAUACUUCUACAAUGGGUUAGCCUGUGUGCAACAGUAAGGAUACUCUAUUGUGAUUUGGAAGUCAUGAAUUUAAGCCAUGGAAACAGCCCCCUUCCAGUGCCAAGGAAAGGCUGCAUGCAUUCGACCAUCUUUACAACCCUCAAUGUGGUACACCUUGUGUAUUGGGUCACCCUUUUACUUAUAUCUUUCGAACUCUGCAGAUUUGUCUUUUUUGUGACAAUUGUCCAUAAAAUGUUGAUGUGUAUCAUUUUGCCAGAUAUCUUUAGUUCAUGUAUUCUUUCAGGGUUAUUAGUUUUGUUCUCCUUUUUCUUUGAUAA